AUGGCAGUGCAGAACAUGGCUUCGGAAGGUUCGCCGGCAUCUGAUGAAGCAGACAUCUCGAACUCACAUGAAUCGGUGGAGACACAAUCAGAACAGCUGCGCAAGCUCGAGAAGCAGCUGACAAUCCAGUCCGAGAAAGAGCAGACGAUCAGCGUGUCAAAUCUGGUGCCCAAAUUUGUCCUCGGUUCGCUACCAAUCGUUGCGGGCUUUUUCCCUGUUGGUGUCAAGCUAGCCCAGGAGCACAAUUGGUGCCAGGCCGGCUUUGCCAUACAUCGCCCCUUGGCUUUUUCCUUCCUCCUCUCCGGACUCUGCUUCUUGGGCCUGCUGGUUGGGGCAUUUGGGCGCGGGGCAGCGGGCAAACUCCUGAGGAGGAGGUACUUGCUCCUGAUCCCGGGUGGCCUUACAGCUCCAGGGAGAAUCGUUGGGGAAGCUAUGGCAGCGACCCUCAUCGGUCCUGUUCUUACCACGGUGCUCCUAAAGACCAACGUACUCCACAACCUGUGGAUGCAGGCCGCACGCCUGCGGGAGAUGCCGCAGAAGAUAAAGUGCGUCUUGGUCCUGAGCUGUGUGCUUCUUGCGGCAUCUACGCUCUUUGGGAAGGGUCUCUCACUGGCUGUGGCGGCCGCUGCCUUUUCCGACAUGUCCUUUGAAAUUGCUGCCCAGCAGUGUGCGAAGCUAGAGCAGCAGGGUGGCCAGGACUACAAUUUGCGAGCGGAAGAGGUGCGGUGCAUGAUUGUCGACGUGAUGGUUUCUGCCUUGACAUCUGCCGUGAUGGCUGUUGUCAUGGAGUGGAGCAUACUUAAGCAGGGAGUAUUCUGUGGACUGACAUCAUACUCGCUCUUGGGCAUUGUGCUCCUGAACGCUCUCCGAAACCCGCUCUUCCAGUAUGCGCUCAUGAAUGCAGGAGCCAUGGAAACGAGCGUCGUCACGUCGCUGGACAUUAUAGCAACGUACAUCUUCUCGCUUAUCCUACUCCCAUCAGAGACAUCAGUGCAGCCUCUCAACGUCAUGAUACUUGCCGCCCUGCUUUGCGCCACAGUGGCCUACACCUUGCUGGAUGACUUUCGGCAGGCCGCCAGGUCCAAGGUGGCCGCAGAAGUCCGGGACUGCAUCCGUGACAUUAUGAAGGGCCCAGAACCGUGA